AUGGCAGAAAAAAAUCUAGCUGCAAUGCAGCACUGUUCUCGCCAUAGACCACCUUCACUACUUCCAAUCGGCCGUUACCGAGAAACUCUCCUUUAUCUUAUCGAGACCUACGUGGUUACCAUAGUUGUUGGCCAAACCGGCUCGGGAAAGACGACACAAAUACCACAAUUUCUCGAACAAUCCGGAUGGUGCUCAGAAGGGAAAAUCAUUGCUGUGACUCAGCCUCGAAGAGUUGCAGCCACAACUAUUGCUACCAGGGUGGCGGAGGAGUUUGGCUGUGAGCUCGGAAAAGAAGUUGGUUAUUCCAUUCGUUUUGAAGAUGUUACGUCAUCUGUUACAAAAAUAAAAUUCUUAACAGAUGGACUUCUUCUAAGGGAAGUUCUUGUUGACCCUCUUCUAUCUCGAUACUCAGUGAUCAUGAUUGACGAAGCUCAUGAGAGGAGUCUCAGUACAGAUAUACUUCUAGGUAUUCUCAAAAAAAUAUUGCAUCGACGCUCCAAUGACCUAAGGAUUAUUAUAAGUAGUGCUACGAUGCAGGCUGAAGAAUUUCUAAGAUUUUUUGAAGCAGAACAUAUAAUCAAUUUAGAAGGCCGAGCAUACCCAGUUGAUAUUCUUUAUUUGGAAAUUCCUACUGAAGACUUCUUGAAGAAAGCUAUUUGGACUGUGAUCGAAAUUCAUACUAAAGAACCUAAUGGCGAUAUUUUAGUAUUCUUAACUGGUCGGGAGGAGAUAGAUAAUGCUAUUGAGGCACUAUCGAAGGAAGCUGAAAGCCUACACUCAAGAGCACAGCAAAUCAUCGCCCUCCCCCUGUACUCAGGAUUAUCUAGUGAACAACAACUGGCUAUUUUUGACGAGGCCCCAGAGAACACGAGAAAAGUCAUCUUCUCCACUAAUAUUGCUGAAGCAUCAAUAACAAUCGAUGGUAUCGUGUACGUUGUUGAUACUGGGUUUGUUAAACUUCGUGCCUACAAUCCUUUAACUGGAAUCGAUACGCUGACUGCUACUCCAAUCUCUAAGGCUUCUGCAUUACAAAGAGCUGGUCGUGCUGGUAGGACUUGCCCUGGAAAAUGCUUUAGGCUUUACACUGAGUCCGAAUAUCAAGCACUGCCUGAAGUUACUGUGCCGGAAAUUCAGCGAUCAAAUCUGGCUUCUAUGAUACUCCAGUUAAAAGCUCUAGGAAUCGACAAUGUUGCUCGCUUCAGCUUUAUAACUCCCCCCCCAUCAGAACUGAUUAUACGUGGCCUUGAACUUCUUUACUCACUUGGUGCCUUGGAUGAAUAUGCGAAACUCACUCGGCCUGUUGGAGUCCGCAUGGCCGAGAUAGCUCUUGAGCCUAUGAUGGCAAGGACAAUUUUAUCCGCACCGUCUUUUAAAUGCCUCAGCGAGAUUCUAACUAUUGCAGCAAUUACUGGUGUAGACGGUAGUAUAUGGUCUUACCAUGAAGGUGAAAAAAAAAAUGCAGAAAUCUCGCGACGGAAGUUUGCCGUUGAAGAAGGAGAUCAUAUUAUGUUGCUGAAUAUAUAUCAGGCAUUUAUUACCAGGGGAAAAAAAGGAGCGAAAUUUUGCCGUGAAAACUUUCUUAACUUUGAAACUCUUUUAGGAGCUGUUAGUGUCCGGGCUCAGCUCAAACGAUACGUCGAGCGAUUCGGAUUGAUGAUUGAUGAAGAUCAUUCCUCCCGGUCGAUUCAUAUGAUAUCUACUGAUAAAGAACCGGGAAUCUGCGAACGUAUCCAACGUUGUUUGACUACAGGUUUUUUCGCACACGCAGCUAAGAUGUUACCCGACGGUACUUUUAGGACUGUGUCUGGUGACAUGAAACUAUAUGCUCAUCCUAACUCGCUUAUGUUCAAUCGAAAGGCAGAGUGGGUAAUUUUUCAUGAAGCCGUGGAGACAAGUAACAAGACUUACAUCAGAGAUAUCACGAAGAUUGAAAAACCCUGGUUAAUAGAAUAUGCUCCGGAUUUCUACAAGAUAAAUUGA